AUGGAACUCAUGAAAUCGCAAAUUGAAGGAAUACCUUUCAAAAUAUGUGAAAUUAUUGGCGAGCGUGAUAAUAGCCUACCUAGCUUAUACAUGAUAGUGUGGACCAUGUCACGCUCAGAGAACCAUAUUGAAGAUGAAUCCAAAGUAGAGAAUAAGGAGGAUGAUAUCGAAGUACCUGCACCAGAUGUAGGCUUUGUUGCAGGAGGCAGUAUCCCACCACCACCUAUUGGUGAACCACCAAAAUUCAUUCAGCAUCCACAUAAACCUACGGGUGAAGCCCCAAUUGGAAGGAUUGAGAGAGAAUUUCUUCUUCACAGGAGUAUAAAUCGUGGUGAUAUCACAGAAGUGAAAAAGCUAGUGUUGCAAGACAUCAACAUUAACUACAAGCUCUAUUAUAACACCCCUUUGACCCUGGCAGCCAGGUUAGGUCAUGUUGACAUUCUGAAAGUCCUCAUUGAAGCAAAUGCUGAUGUUGAUAGAGUUGGAUGUGCAAAUAAACUAUGUACUCCAUUGAUAUAUGCUGCAAAAUAUCAUGAGAAUACAUCUACAGCUACUGAGAUGAUUGCUAUAUUGCUUGAAGCUGAUGCUGAUAUAAACAAAGCAGAUAUCUUGAGACGUACACCUCUACACUGGGCAGCAUUUAUAGGUAAUCUAGAGGGAGUGAAGCGUCUGGUAAAUGCAGGUGCUGAUGUUAACAUAGUGGACACACAUGAGAGAACUGCCUUACAUAGAGCAGUAGAGAAUACAACUGCUAACAGAAGUGAUAUUAUAAGGUAUCUAGUCAAUAAUGGAUCUAACAUUGAUGCAAAGGAUAUGGAAGGUUGGACUCCUCUUACUAUAUCUGUCAUAAUGGGUAACCUUGACAACAUAUCUGAACUCCUAUCUUUAGGGUCAAAUGUCAAUUUGAAGGACAAUUUCAAAAGACCCCUUAUAAUGAUAGCACAGGACCCCAUAAACCAACCAAAAAUUGCAGAGCAGUUAAUAGCAACUCGGAUGAUUAACCCAGAUAAAGGAUUUAUGUAUAUUUUCCCAGCAAGGGAUAACAUUAGUAAACAGAAGGCUUGUGACAUCAGUUAUGAUGUCAUGAAGCUAUUACUAAAUUACGGAGCAGACCCUCACUGUUUCGGUUCACUUGGAGGUCAUGGAUUUUUCCCGUCAGCAUUUUACCAUGCAGUUAUGCAUCUCGAUAUAUCAUGUGCUAUGCUCCUUAUAGAUGCUGGUGGUGAUUUGAGACUACACAAUUUUGCUCAUUUUCAACUCAGUGACAACAACAAUAAAAUGGUGUGUGAUGUUAAAUUUGUACUGGAGCAGAGGGGUUUAAUGGAACUAUGCAAGUUAGUUAUAAGACAGCACAUCAGUGGAAACAAAGAGAAAACUGCUUAUAUGUUGAAUCUCCCUAUGCCUUUAGCUAAGUUUGUAGCUAAUGUAGGUCCAAAGUAA